UGUGACGUCACGAACCAGCAUCUCAGCAAACAAAUUGAGGACACAUUAGGGCCGAUCUUUUUUGCAGCGUGCAGGUGAAAGUAAGAGACUGUUGUUCCUGUACCCCGAUGGUGCUCCUUUGGGCAGCUUGGACAUGGAUAUGAAUCAAUGUGGAGAAAGACCAUUUGUGGAGGGCUGUUCCCCUAUACGCAGUUGCUCCCCUCUUCAAUCUCGACCCAGAAGCGGCGUCUGUAUCUGGAUCUCACCUACUCACAUUUCCCCUAUCCUUUACCCAAACUUCCAGGACAAGGAGAACAUCUAUCACACUGAACCUUUACCCACCAUAGACCUAGAUGCCAGUUCAACAGGGCCUCAUGGUCUGCGAGGACUUAAAUCUGGGGUGAGUGAGUUUGAGGACUCACUGGCUGUUUCAGAGCAAAUGGAUCAAGAUGAACUGGUGGUGAAGUACAGGCGAGGAAAUAUUGAAACUGAAAAAAGGGAAAGUGAAGAGGAGGAGGAGGUCAUUAGCAGGAGCAGAGAGGAGUCCUGUGGUUGGUUUCUGGUGGAUAAUACUGCGUCACCAGUUAGACUGAGCAGCACUCGGACUGGCAGUGAGCCUAAUGCUGAGAGUACACACAUGCUUGUAUCCCUGCUGGCAGAAGGGAGCAUCACACCAUAUGACAUUAGCAUGCAGGCUAGUAUGCUUACUGUCAGCUUACCAGUUUCCCAGCUGCUGAUCAGAAGUAGCAUUUUGAAGUUGCUUUCAAACAUUAAAGGAAUGUUCUGGGUUCAAUACAAGUUAAGCUCAAUCAACAUUUGUGGCAUAAUGUUGAUUACCACAAAAUGUAAUGGACUCGUCCCUCCUUUUCUUUAAAAAAUGCAAAACAGUGAGGCACUUACAAUGGAAGUGAAUGUGGCCAAUUUUUGGAUAGUUAAAAAGCAGAAAUGUGAAGCUUAACAUUUUAUAAAAGCACUUACAUUUAUUAUACUGUUAAAACUCGUACUAUUUGAGUGAAAAGUUGUUUGAAUUGUAAUUUUUACAGUCGUUUUAGGUUUUUAGGGUUUGUUGACAUUAUAUCGUUAUGGCAAUGAAGAUGUAAAAUUGGCUAUAACUUUACACAGAAAAUGUUAGUAAGUGAUUUUAUCACACUAAAAUCAUGUUAGCGUGCAUAUUGUUUAGCUCUGGUGAAUAAACUUUUGAAACGGAGAGUAUUUUAAGAAGAAAAUUGGCCCCCAAAAGAAAAUUUUGGCUUUUUUUUUUUUUUUUUAAGAAAAGGAGGGACAAGUCAAAAUUCAUUUUUGUGGUAAUGAUGCUAACAUGAUGCUACAAAUGCUGUAAACUGAGAUUAACUUAUAUUGAACCCAGAACAUUUAUUUAAGUGACUUCAUGAGUUAUUGGUAAAUGGUAGCCCAACAUGUGUAGUUGACAUAAAACAGUUGAAAAACUUGAGUGGAUGGUAGCAGCUGCCUUUUCAGCUCUAUAACAGGUUACUUGUAAUAAAAUAAAUUUUUUAAUACAGGCCACCCAAAUUGAAAAUUCU